AUGAUGGAUAAUCAAAUAAUGGGGGAUGAGAUGCGUACUUUGAGAAAGACAAAUUUUAGUAAAUUGAAAAGAUUAGAAAUUUAUGUACAUCCUGGAAUUUCGGCUGAUAUGGUGAUUAAAAUUAUUCGAGAAUCAAACAAUCAAUUACAAAGUUUACGUCUUGCUGGGAUAACACCACAAUCAGAUUUGAUUAAAGUUUUAACAGUUAUGACGAUUCAUUGUCAACAUCUCACAGAUUGUAGAUUAGUGCUUAAAGAUGGAGAUAACAACGCGUUUAACGCUUUACUCUCAUUUUUGGAUGUAUCAAAUAAGCUGGAGAUUCUCUAUAUCACAUUUACUGAUAGGGCAUACCCUAUAUGUGAAUAUGAAGAGAUGGCGAAACAUUUACCAACCGGCUUGCAUGAACUC